AGGAGAAGGACAUGGCCAGACGCGGGGCGGGACCCGGAGCGCCAGCCGCAGCAGCUCCCUCCCAGCCUAAGCCCUUGGCCCCGCCUUCUCUCGCGCGGAGCCGUGCGGCAGCCGUUGAGGGUCGUUGCGCAUCCCCCUCCUGGAGCGGCGCCGGAAGCUGGGUGGGCCAGGGGCCCACGAGGCUGAGUCCUGGGAUGGCUCUCCAGGUACCCAUCAGCUUCAAGGACCUAGCUGUGCGGUUCACGGAGGAGGAGUGGCGGCUCCUACAGGAGGGGCAGCGGGAGUUCUACCGAGACGUGAUGCGGGAGAACUAUGAGACACUAGUCUCCGUGGGGACAGCUGAGCUGCUUCCCCUCUCUGCUUUCCUGUCACCUGCAGAGCCUGGAGGAGCCACAGGGGGAGAGAGCUGCGCAAAUGAGGGGCAGGAGCCUUCUGUGGGAGGCCCCCAGCAUAGGGUUCAUUGUGGCCCCUCCGCAGGAGGACAGCCCCUGUACAGCCUGCACCUCACCGCCCUGGUGCAGCUGGUGAAGGAUAUUCCAAAGUUCUUGUUCGGGGAAGUCAAGGGCACUGAUGACAGCCCCGAGAGUGGGGGAGCCAGCCUGGACGGGGAAAGAGUGAGCCCCAAGGCAGCCAUGGCAGUGGAGACAUGUCCUCCCCGAGGCCUGCUCGGCUGCCUUUUAGAGAGCAACUCCAGUGGCCCGCCAGGAGACCAGCAGCAGGGGAGUCCCCUCCCCAUUAGAACUGUUGACAAACUGCAGCCUUUGGUGAAGGAAGACCCAGAAAGCCCAGCCAAGGAGCCCAGCCCUCCCACCUGUAGCUCCAACUGUCCGAAGAGCCACCAAAGACAAGAGAAAGGGACCACAGGACCAGGAAUCUCUCCUGGGAACAGCCCCUUGCAAGGCCUCGUCAACUGCCUAAAAGAAAUCCCUGUGCCUGGGCCUCAGAAACCUGAGGCAGGCUCAAGUUUGCUGCUUUCUCUCCCUGGCCUGAGUGUGUUGAGGCAGACCAGAGUGGAGGAAGGGCCAGGGAGCCCUCCCCAAUCAGUGAAGACCGAGCCAGCGUCAGGGGAUUGUCCCCUCCAGGGUCUGCUGAACUGUGUGAAGGAGAUCCCAGAGGCCCUGGGCAGGCAUCCUAGCUCAGGAUCUGAGGACCCAUGGCUGCUACAGGAGGAUCCAGGGGUCUGGAAGAGAAAUUCUGGAGGGCCCAAAUGCCUUCAGACCUCUCCCCCCUGCCCUGGCCCUGGAGCUGGCAGUAUGCUUGCUGAGGUGAAGGCAGAGGACAGGUGUGCCCAGAGGCCCCCACUGCCUGCAUCCUGCCAGAUUGGCAGGCAGAGCCACAACCCCUCCACCAGUGGAGACACCAGAGGGGUUCCAGUGCCCCGCUGGGCUCCUACAACUCAAGCCAGCAGGACCUCAAGUUCACCCCUGGAAGCCCUAGAGGCCUGUCUGAAGGGCAUUCCCCCUGGUGGGCCAUCACCUCCCCAGCCCCUGGCCACUUCUUGGUCCUGGAGCCCCCAGCCAGGAGAUGCUAGGUCUCAGAGGCCUGAGCUGCAGCCCCAGGGAUCAUACAGUGAAGAGGCCACCAGGGAGCCACUUCCACCUCUGGGCUUGCGGAGCUGCAAGAGAGAGGGCCCCAUUAGACCUGCAGCUGGCACUCCCACCAGCUUUUCCUCAGCCAGCAGCACCGAUGGUGACCUGGAUUUCGGGAGCCCUGGGGGCAGCCAGGGGCAACAGCCUAGAAAAGGAUAUGCACUGGGAAGCUCCCCACUGCAGAGCCUAGAAAACUGUCUCAAAGAGAUCCCCAUUCCCAGGCCACAGCCUGCCUGGUCCUGUUCCUCAGCCAUGGGCAGGGUUGUGAGGAGAGUGGAACCCCGGAGCUGGACAGCAGACAAGGAAGGACUAAAAAACGAGGUUUGUGAGGCAGCCCGUCUCAGACAGGGUGGGGGACAAGUGCCCACCAGGAGCCUCCAUCUGGCCAGCUCACAGGCUUUUACCUCCAGCUCUACUGCCACUUGCCCCCAGCCAAAGCUCAAAGAUCUGGGGGCCACCAGGCCAGGACCAUGGAGGUGGCUACAAGAUGGGACAGCCACCAUGCCCUCCCCACUGCACUGCCUGGAGAGCUCUCUGAGAGGAAUUUUGCCUGUGAAACCCUUGCGCUUUUCCUGCCUGGUUGGCACUGGCCCCAGCCCCAGCCCCUGCUCCAGCUCGAGCCUCAGCAGCUCUGAUGGAGAAGACCCCAAGCUAGAGCCUGAGCUCUGGCAGCCCCCGCUCCAGGAGAGAGACCACCUUCCUAGCUGCAAGCAUCCCUUUCCUCCGUCCCCUGUCCCCGGAGGGUCCCCCAGAGGCAGCAUCAACAGCUGCAUUGGUGAAGACCUUGAGAGAACAGAGUCCAAGGACUGCAGCAGUCUCAGUACAGGAAAAGUAGAAGAAGGGACAGGAGACAGAUCCCAGUCACCCAGGAGGAAAGAGAGUGCAGAGAGUGCUGGUCAGCCCGGCCCUCUCCACAGUGGAGGAGAAGGAGGCCAGAUUGGAACAUCCCCAUGCCACUCCCAAGCCUUUCUUUCUGCAAAGGCAGCUGGGCAUCCCUGGCCUGCACCUAGGCUGGAGGAAAGUCCUGGGCCCACGGGUAAAGAAGAACCUGGGGUCCUGGAACCCAGACACGGAAGACCCAGUGUUGUAGCCAGAACUCAAGGGAGGCUGCUCUCAAGGGACCCACCAGAGCCACCCAGCAAGUCUCCCCAACCCACAGCCAUCUCUCCCCCAUGGUCAACCACCUCUCCCCAGCCACUGUGCUCCUGUGGAGGAUCCCUUCAGCAGGAACUGCACAGCCUUGGUACUGCCCUGGAGGCAAAGCUGGACCGGCUUGCUGCGGCCCUGACAGGCCUGGCUCAGGAAGUAGCCACCAUGAGGACCCAAGUGGAUCGGCUGGGUAGGCGCCCACGGGGCCCUGGAUCAAAGGGCCAGGCUUCCUGGCCAUGGACCCUCCGCUGGGCCAGUGGCCCUGGUCACAGACACUUGCCCUACUGGAGACAGAAGGGCCCCACCAGGCCUAAACCAAAGAUCCUGCGGGCCCAGGCAGAAGGUGGCAGAGCUGCUGACCUUCCAGGACUCUCCAGAGGGAAGGCCCACGUGGUGUCUACACUGCCUGCAGGAGCUCCCCUGACAGAACUUUCCAAUCCCAAUUGUAGCCUGGCCCAGCAGCCCUCAUCUUCGGUACCCAGCUGCCAUGCUGUGCUGAUAGGGCACCCCCUCAGACACACUGGACACCACCAGAGCCCCACCUCUCCUUUAGUGCCUGCUCCCUUGUCCCCGCUAGUGACCUUGCCUGCAACCAGUGCAGAUGCUAAGCUGCUGGCUGUAGGGGCAGCACCAGUCAGGGUCCCAAACCAACCCAAAUCGCCAAACAGCUUGCUGGGGGGAGCCUUCCAUGAGGGCCUGUGGGGGGAACACAGGGACCCGAGGUGGGGGGCCCAUUAAUUGUACUGUUCAUCAGCUCAGCCUUCUUGAUGCCCCAGCAUCUACCCCAGGCUGCGCUCUUCUUGUGGUCACAUCUCCCUCCUCACCUGCUCUACUGACCCUUCCAGUUGCUGGAGUUCAACCCUUUGCCUUCAUUGCACCAGAACCCAGUGGUAUCUGCUUAUGAAGCAGCCCUCUUCCCAUGGGGUGGGGUGGGGAGCCUUCCUAUCUACACCUCAUGCUUUCUUGGCUCAGGUUCAAUCAGAUCCUCUCCUCUAUUCUCACCAGAACCAUCUGGCUCUGGGUGGGCAGUGUGUGAAUAUCACACAUGAACAUAACCAGCUGCAGGGUGGCCACAAAGGCACCUCUAUCCACCUGCCCUCCUGAUCUCAGCAACAUGGAGGGCUGGCCCAUGCCUUCCUGGAGUAAAUACUGCACAAUCUCAUUUGGGGAGACCUACUCUAAAACAUAUUAACUGCUAAGGAAAGGUUCUUGUCUCCUAUAGAAAGGUACUCAGUGGAGCCCACAUUGGGGAAUGGCUGAUUGGGUUGUGCCACCAGUACAGUGGGAACAAGGCCACCUCAAGGGACUGUAGCAGUGUGCAACUAGGCUGGGGGAAAUGCCACAUGGCUCCCUGGGAGAGCUGUCAGUCUCCUAGGAUUGCACAGUGCCACAGACUUAACCAGUCUGAGCAGCUUAAACCAGAAAUCCAAACUCAAGGUAUUAUCAGGGUUGAUUCUUUCGUGGACUGUGAGGGAGGGAUCUGCCCCAGGUCUCUGCCCAUAGAUGGCUGUCUCCGUGUUUACGCGAUAUACAUCUGUCUCCAAAUGCCACUUUGUUAACAGGGCACUAAGUUGCAUUGGAUAGGGUCUACCCUUUCACUUGAUUCUGUCAGAGACCCCUCCAAGUACUGAUGCACUCUGAGGUACUAAGGGUUAGAACUUCUGCAUAUAAAUGGGAGAAGGCCAUUCAUCCCAUAAUGCAGGUAAAGGCAUCAUUUACCUUGGGUUUGGCUUGGGAGAAGGGAUAAUGUCACUCAGCCUGCUUCUUUCCUAGCAACUGGACUACACCUGCCCUCAGUCCCAUUGGCCAAUACUUGGAGUGUUGGUGCUGCCCUGCCUGCAUUUACUUGCCUCAUUGUCCUUCCCCAGUGCCAUAGUUCAACCUGAGUUCUUAUUUAACCUGGGAUUUUCAAGAACUGAAUAUGCACAUAGUACCUGAGGAGGCCCAGCCUACUGUGGGUUGGCACAGCUAGCUGUGCCAUGAAGAUGGGGGACUGUAGGAUGGAUGCCAGUGCUGAAACCCAGGGUAACAUGAGGCCUCUGUACAAUGACCACAUGAGCAGCAUUGCCUGCUUAGUGGUUCUCUAAAGUCAGGGUCACUGGAGACACUGAGGGUGUGAGUUGGGGCAGGUAGCCCUGCCUGGAGUUUGGGAACUGUGACCUCAGGCAGGGCAGACACUGUCAGAAAGGGUUAUUCAGGUGUUUUCAGGACUAGAGCAAGUCCCAUUACUGCCUGGAAAUGGGUGUUCAUAAGCAGAAUGCUGAUUGAAGUAAGUGGCCUAGCUUGAAGCCAGCUGGCAGUAAAGAACAGAAAGGCCACAGCUUCCACCCCCUCCCCCAGGAACUCGGUGGGUUCAGCGCCCUUUUCACAUAGGCAGAGACAUGCUGGGUUCUUUCAGCACCAAUAGAAAGGGAUAGAACCAAGACUCAGGAAGUCAGGGAGAGGCCUCCCACAUAGGUGGCCCUUGCUGGAAGGAGAGUUCUCUGUCUACCUGCCUGGGUGGCCCUCUGUUGUCAGUUCAGUAUGAGCAGGUUUGCCGUAUACCUCAAUGGCAUGUCCAGGUGGUUUGGCUCUAUGGCCUUACAGAUACCCUGAACACACCUGUGCAGCAGGUACAAGUGGGUGGACAUGCCUAACCUCACACAACUCUUAGAAGGGCUGGGAAAAGAGUUUGGCUCAGUGUGGCCCCCAUGUGUGGCACAGCCAUCUAUGAGGCACAACUGCCUCCUCCCACCUGGGCCUCUGUGUGACAUGGCAGUCAAGCCCAUCUGUGUGGUCCAUAUCCAGUGGGACUGUAUAAUACAUUGAAAGAAAGGUUUAAGAUUGUGGAAUAUGAGUAAUAAGUGGCAAGAAGCUCUGCAAUGUGCAGCUCUGUUUGUCCUGCAGGGAGUUGGUCUUCAGGCCCCACCACUGCCACAACUAACUGAAAAGCCUAGAAUCAUUG